UAAAGCUUCGGGUGCGUGGGUGCGGACCACUCGACACACACUGCUAGCUUGUGCACUACGUCAUCAAUUGCUGCCGGAUGUGUCACAGGAGCACAAUGUGAGGUGUGCCAUACCUGCGUGAUCAGAGACCAUACAAGAGCGAAAUCGAGUUGUCAACAUCAUCAGAGGCGCAAGGAAGCGAUCCCUCCGGCAGGUUAAUCUGUGACUAAACAGUGAUAAGUGACAAAGGAGACGGAUUCAGGGGUGAUAUUUGACCAUUGGAGGUCAGGUGACUUCAGUAAAGGGAAGGAUGGCCUGGAUAGCUUCAACUACACUUCCACUUUUGUUAACUGUGUUGGGAACACUAUCACUGUUAGAUGCUGAAGAAAUACGAAUUCCCCCAUCUAUUACAUCACCAGUAGAACGACAGGUGCUAAGUUACUCAGAAAAUGAUCUGGUGGAGGUGAGGUGUAUUGCUACCGGACAACCAGCUCCUUCAUACAAGUGGACAUGGAAUGGGAAUGACAUAAACAGUGAUUAUAUCACCUUCAGUGCAGCAACAGGAAUCCUGACAAUCCCCAAGCUCAGUAUAAGAGAAGAAGGCUUGUUUGUGUGUUAUGCCAAAAGUACCUUUUCUAAUGGGAUGACAGCCACUGCUGUUUCAGCGACAGUAGAAAUCCGAGUAGGCCGUGUAGAAGACUUUCAAAAAAGACCACUUGAGAACUACUUUGGUACUCUAGGAAACUAUGCAACCAUUCCUUGUGACAAAAAUCUUCCUAAGUACUAUGGAGCAAUCACUUUCAAGUGGUACACAGUUCUAGGUUCAAGAAAUGAUGAAGUCUUUCCAGAUGAACGCAAACUUAUUGACCAAGGAGGCAAUUUGCACUUCUCAUACGUACUAGAUACCGAUGCAAGGGGUGCAGCGACCCCAUACAAGUGUGCAAUCUCCAGUACUAAGGCUAAUGUCAUCAGACUUGGCAACGAGAACAGCCUGACUGUCACAGGCACUGGACCUAUCCCAAACUCGGCACCAAAGCUUCAGUACAGCACCUCUGGCUCAUUCCUCACUGUGGAAAUUGGGAAGAACGCCACACUGGAGUGUGUCUUCAGUGGAUACAUAUCAUCCAGCAUCCCAUCUGAGACAGUACCCAGAGUCACAUGGUUUGACCAGGAUGGACGAGCCAUCACACAAGGAGGUCGCUAUGAUAUUACCUCAAAUGGCCGUAUUCUUACUAUCAUGAAUGUGACAGAAGAUGAUGAGAAAACCUACCGCUGCAGAGGAAGCAAUUCAAUGAGUAAUGAUGAAGGGAGCCUGGCUCUCAACGUCACAUCACAGCCCAUCUGGGUACAGCGUUUGGAAUCGACAACUGUUGUAGAAGGUAAAGAUGCAGUGUUUCAAUGUGUCACUCGGUCUGCAAAAGGUGAACAGAGUCCUAGUCAGCCGAAGUGGUCCCUGAAUACAGAUCAGAUGGGAUCCACCUAUGAUCCCAACAAGUACCAGUUCAAUGCUGACAAAACUAAGCUGACAGUCAAGUUUGUUAACAAGGAUAAAGACAUCGCCUGUUUCCAGUGCACUGUGGCUAACAGUGUUGGCAUGGUUCAUGAUGAUGGCUGUGUCAAUGUCAUUAAGCCGAUUGAGAUCAAAGUGAGACCAGCAGCUGAACAGUCAGUCAAUAAGGGAGAGGAGGUGGACCUGACUGUAGUGGCCUCCACAGACCCACUCUAUGCUCCUGAGAUGACUUACUCCUGGAUCUUCAAAAAUGUGACUUACACUGGUGACAAGGUUCCACCUCACGUGUCCUAUGACUCUGUUAAUAACCGGGCUUACAUCAACACCUCGGGACUCACCGAUGAGGAGUUCAAAAGCAUUGGUGGUCUUUACCGCAGGGUUAUCUCCCAUCCAGUGGAGACGGUUUAUGUUGAUGUCAGUGUUGAGACAGAACAUGUACCUGUAGUUCCAGCUGUUGCUACAGCUUCUUUUGACUACUGGAUCAUUGGUCUUAUUAUUGGCAUUAUCAUUAUCAUCAUCGUCAUCUUGCUCAUCAUCUGCGUCAUAUGUCGUCGGAAAAUGCUGGAGGGGACCUACCCAGUUGACAAGAAAGAGACAGCUGCUGGGCUUGACCCAGAGAAAGAACUGAAGGACAGUGGUUUCCAUGACCUGUCUAGAGCUGACUAUGAUGAAUAUCCCGAGAAAAAGCCACCACGUGACCUUGAAUUUGAUGACAUACCUAUUGGAGAGGGUGAUGAUGAAAGUUUCUCUGAGUAUGGUGAGGAGCCGAGCAAUUUCAAUGAAGAUGGAUCUUUUAUUGGUGUCUACUCCAAAGACACAAAGAAACCUCCAAGACAGCCUAACCCUACAGAAUCAAACGUGUGAAAUGUCAUCUAGCUGGAAAACAGGUUUUGGGAUGUGUGUUGAUGGUGCAAAGAGUUCUCUUAUUUUGUGAACUGCAAAUGCUGUUUCUAGAUGGAUACUGGAGAAAUAUUGUUUUAAAAGCAUGGAGGCGUGAAACUGAAGAUUAUUUUGAGAAAACUAGAAGUGAAAAAAAGUACUUAGUUAUUUCACAAACCUUUAUUUCUCUCAGUUUUUGUUUUGUUUUUUUUUUUUUUUGUUGUUGUUUUUUUUUCAACACUUCUCACUCUCGAGUGUGUAUUCAUGCAAACACAGCUGCAAAUAUACAGCUAAACAUGCAUGCACACAAGUUUCAUAAACUAGUUUUCAUAAUUUUUUAUUCAUCAGUUUAAGCAUAGUAUUGUUUUUAAUUCUGGUGUGUGGGGAAUGGGAUUUUCAAGGUUUACAGAUUAUCAGGAUUUCUCAGAAUAUGGAAAUCACAACUGUUGGUUCUCUAAGUAAUUUGAUGUUAAAAACUACUGUUUGGCAUUGCAAUUGCAUUAUAAUUUGUAAAAGUGCUGGGUGUGCUUUCAAAUUUAAAUUUAAAUGACAUUUUAAGUUAGUGUGCUUACCGUUUACAUUAGGGUUCUUUUGUUUUCCACAGUGCAGAAGGUGUAAAAAAGGUGUAAAAUGAGUGGAAGAUUUUUCUGGAACCUUUAAAGAAAAAUACAGCAUGGGAAUGUGUAUUGCUAAAAUGUACCUUUGCAUUGAUGCUGCUCAGUCCUAUAGGAAAGAUUAAAUGCUUCCAUUUUAUCUAGUAACUAAUCAUUUUAGUCAGUUGCCUGGAAUAGCAAAAUAAUUAUUCAACUGGAUAAAAAAGAGUUUUAAUUAUUUGUACCUUUUUAAAAGAAGUGUGCUAAGAUAAAUCUCCGAGCUUUUUCACUUCUCAAAGGAAAAUGCUACAGAAAUGUGCAGAAGAUGGACAAAAGAGUGUUAGGUGUGACGUGUGCCUUAUUAUGUAUUCUGGAAAGAUUAGUCACCUGAUCUCACUUGAUGCAAUCAGUCAAAUCAAUUGUUGGUUGAGAUCAACUUUAAAAUUUUUAACCUGAAAUGAUUAGUUAAGUUCUAGGAGGAUGUGUUACUUUUUUUGCUGUGGGCAAGAACAUGUGCACAUGCUUGUUAGUACCCUUUUUCUUUUGUAAUUCAAGUUUGUUAGUUUUAUUGCACUUGCAUUUAUGUUUAAUUAAAUCAGAAUUAAAAUCACUCUUUGAAAGCUGUUAGGAUAAUAAAUGGCCUGUAGCAGCAAAGAUUUUUGAAAAAUAUGUCUAAGAGGAAGGCAAGGGUGCUAAUUGUAUUGAAGUUUGUGUUUUCUAAACAUUUUAGAGAAUUGUUUCAAACUAGAACAUUCAUGCUGAUAGAGGUUAGAUAUUAGAACUUUAAAUAUCAAGAAGCCUUUGCCCCCAAAAUGCAUUAUCCCAGUCCCCUUUCAUUGUGGUUGUUAACUUGGUGAGGGCUUAAAAACCAAUUAUGUUUCUUCUUCCUCAGAAUUGUGUUUACAAGUAUAAUUAUAGGCAUUCCAGAGUUAAUGUCAUUCCACAAAAGUCUUUCACUGGGAGGAACUGACGUUAAAUGUAGAGGUUUAUUGUGUAAAUUAAUGUUGCAAAAUUUUCAGAGGUUUGAAUGCACUUGUUAAACUGAUUCUGACAUUACAUUUAAUAUCUACAAAUUCCUUGAUGUUUAGCAACUGGCUCUACUGUUGUAAAUCCCGCUAAGCUGUGCUGGCUAGGGAGAAUUAUUACAGUCAGUCUUGGAAAUAUUUCUCAUGCUUGUUUCACAACACUUCAUUUUUAUUGUGGUAUUCCAAGGAAAAAUAAUGUGAUUUUCUUUUUUUGGUCACUUCGUCAAGAUAAUAUUAUAAAAGUUGUUCAAGAAAUUGUUUGCCAAAGCAUGUGAGCUUCAGCAGCCUCUCUUUAAUGGCCAUCUCCAAAUCUUGGUAUUUUUCAUGGCUGAAGGUAAGUCUUUAGGAACACCAUUGUAUUUUGCUAUCCUUGCUCUCUUCCUUUUGCCCUACAGCGUGUCUCUUUUUCUGCUUAGAAUGAAAAGUAUUCAAAAGCAGUUUUAGACUUUAAUGAAAUGCAAAAGGUGUGCAGUUUGUGUACGUCAGCUUUGUAAAGGCUUAUGCCUCUAGUUCGAACUUCCGGAGAACGUGCAGUGCAAAGGUUUCGAUGUAAGGAAAAAUGUUGAAAUAGCACAGAAAGCCGAGAUGAUUUCCUUGUGAAGACAGCUUCACCCACAUAUUCUAUUGAAAACAAGUUUUUAAAGGCACUAGAUGCUGUUGUGUGGGAAAGUGGUGUUCUCAUUUGCCUUAAUCAGCCACAUAAACUAAUGAAGUGUGUACAAGUAUCUGCACUUCAUCGCAGGUGUUGCCCAAUGCUUUGUUGCUGACAUUUGUGUAAAUAUGUGUACAGUACACAUUUAUCUAGUAGCUAUACACCGAUGGUGUUUUAUGUAACUGUAGCCAUACACCUGAUAGUGUUUUAUGUGACUGUAACACUUUUUCCUCAAGAUCAAGCAGUAGCUGUUGAGAUCAUAGAAACAUGAAGACUGGUUUUCUGUCUUGUGAUGUGAACUGCUUUCUGAUUCAGUUUUAGUACACCUGGCACAUGUGUACAUUUCAGUAAUGUUUAACUGAGCCUCAUGUGCAGUAAUAUAUUGUCUUAGCAUUUUGUUAUAUAUGAGCUCAUUGAAUGAUUUCACUAUUUGGCUAUAUUUUAGUUCCCACUUAUUUCGUGGGGUUUUUUUUUUUUUUUUUUGGAAUGUGGUGUGUAAUAAUCUUGACUGAAUGAAGUACAGUGCGAAUAAUUUUCAUUGAAAUACUGUUGCUCAUUUGUCUAUAGAUACUCACUCUCACACAUACGCAGACUGUGCUUUAAAAUUACACUAAUCUCUAAGAGCAAGCUUCACCGCAGAAAUAGUCCCACUUAGUCAUCAGUUAUGGAGUUAGUAAACAGUGGAAGAUUAGAGUAUGCAGAUGAACAAAACAGAGUUCAUGUGAUCCUUUUCUGUCCAGGGUUACAGUGGUUGUGUCCCUUUUGUAUUUGUAUUUAUGUACAUAAAAGAUUUUGUUGAUCUUGUACAAGUGCGCCUUUCAUAAAGCCAUCAUUACAAUCCUCAUUUCAUUGGUUCAUUGGAAAUGUGCUGAACCAUUAUCAUGGCAGGUUAUUUGAAUGGUCAGGUAAAAAGGUAUUCAAAGUUUUUAAAUAUUUUUUAUUUUGCUCUCUCGGUCCUUCUACAGCCGAGAUGAUUUAUUCUCCCUUUAUGCGAGAGAUCAUGUAUGUCUACCCGGCUUAUUUAUGCCCUCCGUGUAUGUUUGUUUGGUUUUUUUUUUAAUGGUUCAUACCUGUACACGUGCGAAAGGUGGAAGCCCUGGUAGACAAUAUUUGUCAUCUCUCUCUCACAGCCUGUAUUUUCACCUUUAGCCUUUAUGAUAAAACAUGUUUUCAUUUCAUGACAACCACUGCUCAAUUAAGGUAAGCAUGUCGUGUCACCAAGUUAAGUUUCUUUGCUCUGAUGGGUUUUGGGAGAAGUUAUUCUGCAACUGAUUUUAAUUUAUGUGCUUAGUUUUUGUUCAUGCUACUAAACGUUAAAUUGUUUAGGUAUGCGGAAAACAGUUGGAAGUGGGAAGGUUUGUCAGAACAUUUGCCAGUUAAAGUCAUAAACAAAUGCACAGAAGGGGGCAUGUCUAUAAAACAUUAAAAUUAUUAAUAACAAUGAUUAUCCAGCAAAAAUAAUUCAUGGCUCUGAUUCCAUUUUUUAGGACUAUAAUGUACUUCUGCGUUUAUUUCUUUUUGUGUUGCCCCUUGCUUAUGGCUAGUUAGCUUACUACACCUGUUUUGUAACUAGAGAAGACUAUUUUAGCUGAUCAUAAGUGCCUCAGAAUUUACAAGCAUGGAAGUAUCAUUUUUAAACAUUACUGGAUGACAUGAUUUUUUUUUUUUUUUUUGAUUGAUGUCUAUUACAUAGUAAUUUUUUGCUUUAUUUUUGUCUGAAAUUCUAAAAACACAACUGUAAAUCUGUUUGCAAUCUUCAUAAUACCCAUGAAGAGCACAAAAAUAUUGUUUGACAUUUCCAAAAUGUGCAUUGUUCUUCCUUACUAAAAUGCUUAUAAGCAGUACAAUGUGGAGUAAUUGGUAAGGUGGGUUAUUGGACUGUGCAUGUGUACUUUAAGCAUUUUUGUAUCUCCUUAUCUGUAAAGUUUCAUAGAAAACUGGCUGUUGUGUAGUCUUACAUUUCUGCUGCACAUUGAGUGGGGUUUAUCCCUGCUGGUAGACCGUGCGUGUAUGUCAUACAGGUGUAUUGGCGUCCCAUGCAGAUUCUGUAGCGGUAACAAAGACAUUUUUAAAGCAAUGUUUUUGUGUGUUCUCUGGUGGUGUUUUGAUAGAAUGUACAAACAGUUAUUUUAUGUGCAGUUCACUAUUACUAAAACUAACAACACUUGGAAAGAUACAGAAUUUUGUCAGAGCAAAAAUUUUUAUUUUCAGGCAGAUCUGACCCUAAUCCUGCUUUAGUUUAUUCUAGUAACAAAAGAGAACAGUGAUGCAGAAGCUAAUAAACGAUAGGGAAGGAGAUAGGUUUACCAAAAAUGUUAAUAAAUAACGUGUUGGUCAGGUCAUUUAACUGUAUGCAGAGCUUUAUCUGGAACAUGCUUCUCUCACUCUCAUCAAGAAUGACUAGGAAUUUCAUUUCAUUCAUAGCGCAGUAGCUUCUCCAUGCGUUGUAUUCUUUUGUUUGUAUGUACGCUUUGUUUUUUUGUUUUUGUUUUUUUUUUUUUUCAUUCUGGAGGGUUUUAUUUGAACAUUGUAUUUUGACAUCUUGUAUCGAAGACAGGUAGAUAUGAUAUCCUCUUGCAUUGAUUUUUAGCAAUAAAAUUUGCUUAUUUGGCGAGCGUGAAAUAUA